AUGGCUGGCGACGCCGUUCCCGACUGGUGUCGGGAAGUGUGCAUCUCUAGUGUCACCUCGACGCUGUGCAAUCGCUCCGUGGACACGUGUCCGCCGUGUGUGCGGCGUAUGGCUCUAGGCAUGCUCGUGUGCAGUCCAGACAACAAUUGCGCAGCGUCGUCGUCGCCUUGUCCACCGACGUUUGCAACAACGUCUGCAGCAGAUCUUAGUGAAACCAACAGGAGGACCGAUGCCACCAACCCCACGACCACCUUUACACCGCUGGGAACCACCGCCACCACCACUACCACCAUCAUUCCUUCACCAUUACCGCCCGACCACCACGCCGCCGCCACUCACACGAAUUUGAACUCGUCGUCGAUCUUGCCCAUGUCUACCCUCGUGUUGGUUCUAGCUGUGGCGGGCUCGCUCCUCUUUUGUUUAGCUGGAUGUGCGUGGGUGUAUCGGUGGCGGCGCCAAGCCGCCAAACAAAGAAUGGACAUGUCAAUCGUGCGUCAUCAUACCGACCAGAAACACUCCAAGGCGUACCAUCCCGCCUUGGCCAACUGCAAACUGGACGUGUACGACAUGCACACAGGCGCGUGUAGCUACAGCCGGCCUCGCACUACGAGUCGUACACAGAGCAUGAGCAAAGCCAGCUGGCAAGACUCCCACUGGUCCUCGACAACAGACCAUCCGCUUCGUCCAGAUACCAGUGUCGGCGACACACUGUUAAAUGCUUCGCAUAACGCCAAUGGCGGCGGUGGUAUGGAGCCAGAUCCGUGGCUGUUUUCAAACCCGCACCGCCGCUCCAGCGUGGUCGAGCUAGGAGGGGGCAGCUUCCCCAACUACCCCCCCCAUGAACGUCCACUGUCGUAUGGCCACUCGUACGAUUCAGUCGCUGACGACAACCGGUUCAGCCAUGACGACGAACGAUUGACUGUCGAUGACGACAAGGCCUGGGGACAGCGGUAG